GCCUCGAAGGUACACGGGAGAAGAUACAGGCAUCUAUAGUCGAACUUCUGGGGCAACCAGGGAACAGAUUCAUCUGGCUGCGGGGCUCGCCCGGAAUGGGGAAGACCGCGAUUUGUCUGAGCAUUGCGUCCUACUUCGAAAACCAGGGCACCCUAGCUGCAUCCUUCUUUUGGGAUAAGAAUCGACCGGGAACGGGACUCGAUUCUAUUAAACAGUUUCCCUCCACUCUUGCACAUCAACUUGCGUCCUUCAAUGAGGAGUUCAAGUCCUCACUUGUCAAACGUCUUCGGCAACGAGGUCUUGAGCUUGCACAAAAUCUCCCUCUGGAGCAGCAAAUGAGGGCUCUGGUUGUUGAGCCUAUGGGUGAUCUUAAGCACUUACUGUUGUCGAGCAAGGACCGCUUCAUCAUCAUCUUAGAUGGGUUGGAUGAGUGCGGGGAUCAGAGAGCACUCCGUACCUUGAUGGGACUCGUGUUAAUGCUUGAUGCUUUGCCUCCCACAUUCAUCGUCUUAGUCAGCUCUCGCCCAGAGCCACAAGUUAUCUCAGCAUGGGAUGAUGCUAAGGAUGGGGGUCUUGACAUCCCAUGCGAAGAUGUUGAUAAGAUUGGAGAGGAGACUUUCCGCACAGUCCGUCGUAUGGUGGAGGAGGGCCUUCAGGAUUGUGUGAAGAAAUCUGUGUGGAAGCCGUCAGGGCAGGAUUUUGAUACCUUUGCUUCGGCUUGCCGUGGAUUGCCUGUUAUGGCCUCAAUCCGCAUACGUGAUGUCUGUGAUCAGACCCAACGCGGUUCUACUCUCAGGUCGGAGUUUGAGUACUUUCGUGAUCUUACAGAUGCACCACUUGACCUGAAGUCGGAGUAUUUACGAAUACUGCGGCGAGCGUAUAUGUCCAAUCAAUCCAGUAUUCGUCCACGUGUGAUUAACAAUUACCGCCAAGUGAUUGGGAUGAUCAUUGCUGCAUAUCAGCCGCUCAGCUUAUAUUCGAUUUCGAAGUUACUAGGAGUGGCCGAGGAUGAAAUUCGUGCAACCCUGGAUCCAAUCAGUUCAAUUGUAGCACUUUCCCAGCAAGAAUCAUUGUCCUACGAUUUCUCGGAGGAAUCAUUGUCCCACGAUGAUCCGCUAUACCCCACAUUCUAUCACGCGACAAUGAAGGAAUUCCUUGCGGAUCGCCCGUUUGGUCGUAAAAGUGAUCGGCCUUUCUUCAUCAGUGAUUCGAAGGGGUAUUUCUUGGGGUUGCCACUCCUCCGACUUAUCAAUAAUGUCAUUGAACACAAUGAACCCAAAGUACGCCCUCUAGGAGAUAGCGAGAAGUGGAAGGGAUUUAAAAUUAAGAAGCAACCCAAGCAUGUUCAGUAUGCUUUCCGCUACUUUUUCUGCCACUUGGACCCAUCGAAGCUGUCCUCACAAGAUUCCAAUGGACUCUGGAGCGAGUUUGAUAUCCUUCUCAAGCGAAACUUACUUUCGUUCAUUGCGCUGUCGGGAUUUAAUUUUGAGUUACCCAAUGAAUUCCUUAACUCAAAUGUUCACAAUUCGACUGAAUUAUUAAAAGAAGCCAAGAGGGUAAAGGAUUUCAUGACUAGAAACGAACUCAAGUCCUCCCCUUGGCAUAUUUAUCGAUCAGUCCUUCCCUUCACUCCACCCUCAUCCCCACUUUUCAAGCUUUAUGGACGCCUUUCCGAUCCCGUUCAAAUCUUCAGCAUUACAGGAGAAUUUUCCGGCUAUUCAAUUCCACUUAGCGAGAAUACGCUCAAUGCUCGAAAGGUCAUGGAGGCUGAGCUGCCAAGGCUACUUAAAAAAGCCGAUAGAUCCAGGACAAUACACCCUUUGACGGAUCCGGAUGAGGCAGACAUCGAUCACGGAGCUGCGUUUCGUGUUCGUAACAUUCGCAAUGGUAUUGUGGCUGCUGCUGCACUCUCACGAGAUGGCCGUUUCAUCGCACUCGGCUUUGGAAAUGGUACCAUCGAGGUUGCUGACAUUGAUCAUCACCAAACCACUUUUCAAUUCCAAUGCGACCCACCCAAUCCUCCAGCUUGGAUUGAAUUUAUCUGUGGCAGCCACCGGAUUGCCACCGAAGAUAAGGAGGGGAACAUCACGGUCUUCAGCCAUGACUUGCCGCCUGUGAAGGUUGGUACCCUCCCCAGUGGGCAUCGCCCUCCCAUUACUCUGGUCGCGGACAAUGGCUCAUUCAUCAUACGAGUUCCUCGGAACAUUGACUGCCAUUGGCACGAACACAUGAUGAUCUUAUAUGUUUCAGAUGAACCUUCUAUCCACCCUCUUUCUCCCCCUAAGAAGUGGCUGUUCACAGGGUUUACCAUGCCUGACCGAUGCACACUUGGACUCUCCCCCGAAGGACGGUACGUCGUUGCCCAUGAUGACAGUGAUAUCGUUAUUUGGUCAACAAAGACGCGCGAAUCGGUUCAAUCCCACAAAGUAUCUGGUUCCACACUUCCUGUCUCCUACCACACAUACCAUCGACCACAUCUCAUAACUCAAACCCGAACGGAAAUUCCUUCACACCUAGAGAAUAGCAUCCCUCGUGUGCAGAGCUUCACGGCUGGGCAUGAUGCAGAUCCAUGGGGGCUGGAUGCAGAUCUAUUGUGGCUGGUGCGACUAUCCCGUGCCCUCUCAUCACACUCGAAUAUGCAUCGAGGUGGUUUCCUCGCUGACGAAGACGAAGUAAUACAUAGGCACAGAACACAGAUGGUCUGGUUCAAUGGUAAACUUGAACUGCUUCUCCCACCAGGAUACCGCCCGAUCAUUCUUGACGAGAACCAGACUAGCAGUCAAGAAGUAUGGUAUGGGGAUCGAAUGCUGAGUAAUAAGGUUGACCACUACCUUCCCUGCGCCAGCAAAGAUGGGACUCGAUUUUUGGUCCAAGGGCAUAUGCAAGCCCCAAUCGUCGUCGAUAUUAGCCAAGUUGUCUAGGUCUUCUACUAUG